AUGGGUGACAGCUACGGGGGGCUAGAGCCGAGCAGGGUGAUAUACAUCGGUGGCAUCCCGUUUGACCAGACAGAGGACCAGAUCCUUGACAUUGCGCGGUCCGUGGGGCCUGUGGUGUCGUCGAAGCUGCUGUUUGACCGCGAAACAGGGAAAUCCAAGGGCUACGCUUUCAUCGAGUACCAGGAUAUAGAAACGGCGAGGUCUGCUGUGCGGAACCUCAACAACUACGCGAUUGGGAACAGGUACCUGAAAUGCAACUUUUCGAGCGAGCAGGCGGUCAUCAACACGAUGAAGUCGCAAACGUCCAGCGAAUGGGCCGAGCUGGAAAAACAGAUCCCACCGCUGCCACCAGGGAUGCUCAUGGCGAACUCGAGCAUGGAGAGUCUGAACCAGCAGAUCAACGCGGCGCUCGCUACGCUGGAUAAAAACAGAUUACAUAAUCUGGUAAAAGAUGCGAAAAUCAUGUCGGACAACCACCCGCAGCUGAUGGCGCUGCUGCUCGAGAAAAACCCGCAGUUGCUGUUUGCGCUGGUGCAAGCCACGAUGAUUCUUGGGCUGAGCGACGCGGAACAAAUCAAAAGCAUAUUGGUGGAGCAGAAGGAACAAAAACAGCCAGACUCGGCUCCGGGAGCCGAGGCAGAGAACCCGCUCAGUUCAUUGGACGCAGACCAGGUGCAGGCUAUCCGGACGAUUUGUGCGAUGAGCGAGGCGGAGAUCCAGCAGGUCGCGGCGGAUCAGCAAGAGCUGUAUCGGGAGAUCCAGAAGCGAUACAAAAUGUAUUUGUAG